CAUGUAGAAAAUAAAAAAUAAUACAAAACAAUCGAGUUCUUAAUACUGUUAUUGUACACAAAUUAUCAUUUUUUUUUUCUUAGCUUCUUCAUCAAGCCAUGCAGCAGCGUUCAGCAUCAGCAGCCAAGAACUUAUGUCGUAAAAUCUUGAACCACCAUAACCAAAUCCAAUCCCUUAAAAGACCACCCUGUGAUGUGUUCAUUAAUCAUCGGUGCAUCGAUACGAAGAGGACCAUUUCUGGGUUGCUCUUUGAUCAUCUUUCUAGACUCAGGCUCCAUCCAUUUUUGGACAGCAAGAACAUGAGACCUGGUGACAAACUAUUUGACAACAUUGACAGAGCUAUCCAUGAAUGUAAGGUUGGGGUUGCUGUAUUUUCUCCCCGUUAUUGUGAUUCGUACUUUUGUCUCCAUGAACUGGCUUUAUUAAUGGAGACAAAGAAAAGAGUUAUACCUAUAUUCUGUGAUGUCAAACCGUCUCAGCUCCAUGUCAAGGAUAAUGGGCUUUGUCCAGGCGAAGAGCUGCAAAGGUUUACAUAUGCUCUCGAAGAGGCAAAGUACACCGUUGGACUUACAUUUGACACACUUGAAGGGAAUUGGUCUCAAUUCUUAACGACAGCAAUGGAUGCGGUUGUGCAUAAUUUGAUCGAAGUGGAUGCAGAAGCGAAACGCACAAGCACCGUACAUAUUUCAUGAAGAAUUAUUACUGACGAGAAAUCAAGAUGAAGCACACAUACGCAUACAAAACCACAUGCAUCAUGACUUAAUCAAUUAAAAAAGCAUCAAAUUCUUUUAUUUGUUAAUUUUUGUUAACGAUCAAUUCUUCAUUCAGAUUUUUUUUCCUGCAAAUGUAAGAAAUAAAAUUAAGAUGCAACAAAUAAUUAAGAGGGAAACUAGAUAGCUCAAAGUAAGUAUCGAGCAAUGUUGAUUGUUUCCAUCAUGUAAUCAAUGAUUUCUUGUUUUUUUAAGUUGCACAUAUAUUUUG